AGACGCAGGUUGGGACACACUCUCGCAUUUGCGGACGUUAGCUCAAGACUAGAAGCAAGUCUCUGCAUCCACCACCAUGUACAAGGCCGUGCUGAUCCUCGCCGUCGCCGUGCUGGCCUGCGCCAACGCCGGAGUGAUCCUGGGCGCCCCCGGCCUGAUCGGCGCCCCCGGCCUGAUCGGCGCCCCCGGCCUGAUCGGCGCCCCCGGCCUGAUCGCCGCUCCCGGCCUGCUGGCCGCUGCUCCGGCGGCCGUGGGCAUCGCCCCAGCCCCGGGCUACGUGGCCGUCACCAGGGGAGCCGUGCACGUGGCUCCUCUGCCGGGCAACGUGCCCUAUGCCAGCCACCACGUGAACCUGGCCCCCGCCCCCGGCACUCUGUGAGCGGCGACACCACCCACCUCCUCGCUCCCUCCUCCUUAUUGUUCAUAAAUAAACUACAGUAAUGUUUUUUGCAAAA